UGAAGAUCACUGGCAGCAGAUUUUCUCUAAGAGUUUUGUGAACUUGUAACAUGGAUCGCUGGAAAGGCAGGGUUGCUCUUGUCACUGGAGCUUCAGUGGGAAUCGGAGCUGCAAUCGCAAAGUCUCUUGUCCAGCAUGGCAUGAAGGUGGUUGGCUGUGCCAGAAAUGUGGAGCAAAUUCAGAAAUUGGCAGCAGAAUGUGUCAAUAGUGGAUUCAAUGGCACUCUGAUCCCAUACAAAUGUGAUCUGUCUGUUGAGGAUGACAUGUUAUCCAUGUUCUCUUGGAUCAAAGUUCAACAUCAGGGCAUUGACGUGUGCAUUAAUAAUGCUGGUUUGGCUCUCCAAGAGCCUCUGUUAAGCGGCAAAACCAGUGGCUGGAGGACUAUGAUGCAUGUGAAUGUCAUUGCCCUGUCAGUGUGCACCCGUGAGGCUUACCAGUCCAUGAAAGAAAGAAAAGUUGAUGAUGGUCAUAUCAUUAACAUCAACAGUAUUUGUGGACACCGGGUCGUCAACCGUGCUGAUGCACACUUCUACACUGCCAGCAAAUAUGCAGUGACGGCUCUCACAGAAGGUUUGAGGCAAGAGUUACGAGAGGCCAAAACCCACAUACGUGCCACUUCUAUAUCUCCUGGAUUAGUGGAGACGGAGUUAACAUAUCGGCUCUUUAGUCAAAACCCAGAAAAGGCUGCUGCUACCUAUAAAGGCAUAAAGUGCCUGCAAGUAGCUGACAUUGCAAACGCAGUGGUGUAUGUCCUGAGUGCUCCUCCUCAUGUUCAAAUUGGUGACAUUCAGAUGAGGCCUGUGGAGCAGCUGCCAUAAACUGAACAGAGAAACAGAAUGAAGCAUCUCUGACAUAACGUCUUUAACAAACUUGUAAAAGUUUGCAGACAAUCAAAGAUCACAGGAAUGUCCAAUAUAAUCCUAUGUUGUAAAUAAUAAUUGUCAAGUCUUUAAAUCUUUUGAAAUGCAUUUUGUAAAAACACAAAACACUGAUCUGUUUCAUCAUGAUAUUUACAUUUUUCAUUGUAGUGACUGAAAUGAUUUAAUGUACUAUUGUUAACUUCAUCCUAAACUUAAAAAAAAAAAAAAAAAAACUUUCUCUUUAUUUAUUCCUUCCCUUGCUAGCUUGUACUUAUUUGAACAAUGCCUGAGACUUGGUGUUACAAGCACUUCGUCUGUCUGAUUGCCUCUUCAAGAUGAAUCGCUUAUGUAUUCCCCAAUUGUAAGUCGUUUUGGAUAAAAGCGUCUGCAAAAUGACUAAAUGUAAAUGUAUUUUGAGACAGAAUACUUUAGGUGCUUAAUAGCUCUUUCUGGUUUUAUGUUUAAAAAGUGCCAACUAUUCAAUAGAGUUGAUA